CUCUACGGAGCAAAAUGAAGUUAAAUUAUUGUGCAAAACCCCUUCUUCUUCCCAGGCUUUCCUCCUCCAUUCCGAUCUUCUUCUAUAAUCUUGGGAUGAUGGCAUGAUGAUGGUGUCCUUCCUAAGAAGGGUUGCAUCAUAUUCGUCUUCUCUCCCAUUCCCACUCCCCAUGGACUGCUCAUCAUCUCCUUCCCGCCCUUCCCACAGGCUCAUGGCCUUGGCCAAGCAGCUGCGCCUCUACAAGGCUCCGCCGAUCGGGGAAGACCGCGAUGCGGAGGAGCAGAGCUCCGGGAAGGUGGUUUCCGCGGUGGGUUUUCAAGAAUCCGCGACCUCCGUCGGCGGUGCCCUGCCGGAGGAGAAGUUCAGACCCAAGAGAGCCGCCGUCUUGAUCUGCCUCUUUGAAGGGGAUGCCGGAGAUCUUCGUGUUAUUCUCACUCGGAGGUCUUCUAAUCUUUCUUCUCACUCUGGUGAAGUGGCAUUGCCUGGUGGGAAGGCGGAAGAAGGAGAUGCAAGUGAUGCCGAGACCGCUACAAGGGAAGCUCAAGAAGAGAUUGGACUGAAUCCCUCACUUGUGAAUGUUGUGACUUGCCUUGAGCCUUUCUUGUCUAAGCACCUGCUGAGAGUGAUUCCUGUUAUUGGGAUACUCACCGACAAGAACGCAUUCAAUCCCACACCCAAUGUUGAUGAAGUAGAAGCUAUUUUUGAUGCUCCGUUGGAAAUGUUUCUCAAGGAUGAAAACAGAAGAGAAGAAGAAAGAGAAUGGAUGGGGAAUAACUAUUUAGUCCACUUCUUCGAUUAUGCGAUGGAGAACAACAAGUAUUUGAUUUGGGGUUUAACUGCUGGGAUCUUGAUCAGAGCUGCAUCCAUUGUGUACAACAGACCUCCCGAUUUUGUGGAGCAACAUCCUAAAUUCAAGGCCCCCAGGCUUUUAUAAUGAACUCCUUAGAGCAUUCGUGCUUCAGAAAGUUCAGCCAGAAUAUUUCUGAAUGAAUAUUUGAGAUGCAGAAUUGCACUGCAACAUGUUCUAUCAUUACUUGCUGCCAUUGCCAUGAUCCAGGUAAUAUUGGGUAUUUUUUGAGGAGACGAAAUUACCCCUGCAGUUUGCCACUCCGAAUCUAACGGUCAGGAAUUUUUGGAUAUGGGAUUUGGAAUUUGCACAGAUCAGUAUAUCCUUUAUGUUAAUAGUUGUGUACUUAUGUGCAACUUGUAUGAAUGUGUCAAAUCUUUGUUUGUCAGCAAAGAGCACUGAAGAUGUUAAAUCUUUGAGAUGCUUUGUAGAUACAGAUCUUGUGUGAUGGUGUCCAUUGAAACCUUAUUUGCUUCCUCCUAAUGAAUGUACUGUGUUUCAUUUGGCAGCACCCAUUUUUUAGGGUUACAAGUAGAAAUGUCAAAUAUGUGGGUCAGGUCGGGUUUGAGUUUAGCUCUCCUUAGGAUAAGUUCGGGUUCAGAUUUAGAAAUGCAUUUUCGUGACCCAAAGUCAUUGAGAUCGGGUUGACCCAACGGGUUAUGUAUGUUUAUGAAUACUCUUUUUUAGAACUUCAAUUAAUUUUUACUUCAAUU